CUCUCAAGGCGCUGAAGUUUCUCGCUCUCUUUUUCCUCGUUUAACAAGCUCCAACGAUUUCCCUCGUGUGCGCGCCUCCUUCUGCGGACACGAAUCAAUCGCGAUGAUUGAUUAUUAUGGCACCGGCAACCCGCCUGUCGAGCACGACUAUACCCAUCCAGAACGCCACUACAAAGGCCUCAUCCGUUAUGGCGACCACGGCAACACCCUUAAUGACCCGUCAAAAUGGCGUCUAAACACUGAUUGGGGGGAGCCUCCGAUCGAGCUAUGCUGGGCUUGUGGUUGGAGCACAGAUGAGCAGUCUUCGUCUUAUUCACCACGGAUCCACAUCAUGCAUACCAGGCGCAAUAUGGGAUUGUGGUCCCUGGGAUCCAAGUGGCUGCUUUGCGAUCGGCCCAACGACGAGACCAUGGGGAAUAACUACAUGACCUGGGAAUUUCUCCGGAAGCACGAAGAAGAUCACAACAUCCCACUGGUAAAGGAGAUGCGAGUCUUGACCGAGCCCGAUGAUCCCAUACAAUUCACAGUGAUCUCUCGGGCUCAGGGCGUGCUGCUUUCCUCGGUUUGGGAAUCGUUGACUGCCCAACAGAAGUCUAGCUACGCUGAUCAGUUGGUGGACAUUCUCAAGCAACUGCGGCAGUUCACAGCCUCUCGUCCCCAAAAGGUCAACGGGGAUCGGCUUUACGAUAGUGUGCUGGACCCGUGUAGCAAGCGUGUGGCACCCACAUGUCACAAAGUUGAGUUUACAGCCGAUGAAUGGCUGGAGAACAUGUCGGAAGAAAUCCGUUGCGGGAUAGCUGCGCUCCACGAGACCACAGACCCAGAAUUGGUUGAAGAGAAAUUCCGGGAAAUCAAAGACAACUUCCCGAGCGGAGGGCCAUAUGUCUUGACUCAUGGAGAUCUGAACUUCACCAACAUUAUCGUCAAGGAUGACAAAAUCGAAGCAAUCAUCGACUGGGAAUAUGCUGGCUAUCUUCCGUGGUGGGCCGAGAAAUUCAUGAAUCGCCGGGACGCCCCUGGAGAGAGCGUCGAACUGUUCAAUCUCGUCUGGCCCAGAGUCCAUCCGGACUUGAGCGACAGCUCGGAUCGCUGGGCUCGGCUGGUCAAACAGUUGUCCCCGGUCGUAGAAGCCAUCCGGAGAACUAGGAUAUUGCACGAGCGGACCGUGGAUAAUUGGUUCCGUCCCGCCUUUUGUGAAUGCAAGCCUUACGGUGGCGAAAUCCAUUCAUUUGCCAUCGGAGGUCCGUGGAAACAUAGGGUGAUUGAUUGGAGAAACGACGAAUACUCUGGCCUUGUCAAUAUCACGCUCCACAAGGGAGAGAAGAAACUGGACUGGGAUGAAAGGGACGAGCUAUUAAGGAAGGAGAAGGAAAUCGCAGAGAAGGAGAAGGAAAUUGCAGAGAAAGAGAAGGAAAUUGCAGAGAAGGAGAGGCAACGCGAAACUUCACACUUCACAAUGAUGGAGUUUUAGCAUUGAACAGCAGAUGAAGAGAAGGAUGAUCUGCGGGAGUGUGACUCUCUUCCCUUUCAAUAGUUAUCUUGUUCCAUCACGCUUUCCCCUGCUCCCGGU